AUAUAUAAUUCUAUAAUACUGAACAUUCAGGUUGAUUGCUUUGGUGAUCAAGAGAAUUAUGAUCUGAUUUUUUUAUACUAAGAUGUCCAGUCCUAAGUUUAGCACACAGCAGGAUACACCCGAGCUGAGUGACUACGCUCACGACCAGCUGUCCAAUUUUGAGCUCUCAGAGUUCUUGACCUUCGAUGAAUGGAUAGCGCUAGAAGAGGCUCCAUCGUCCAUAGCUUCCAGUUAUGCCUGCAACCCGGUUUAUAGAGCACAUGUCGUUGGCGAGUCAGGUGGAAGUAGCAGCCCUCGUGAAGAGCUAAGUGGUGGAGAGGGUGAAGAAGGGCGAGAGAAGAAGGAAGCCAAAGAAAGGGUUGCUUUCAAAACAAAAUCAGAGAUUGAAAUACUAGAUGAUGGGUACAAGUGGAGGAAAUAUGGGAAAAAGAUGGUGAAGAAUAGUCCAAACCCGAGGAAUUACUACAGGUGCUCGGUUGAAGGCUGCCCUGUGAAGAAGAGAGUAGAAAGAGACAGGGAUGAUCCAAGAUAUGUAAUAACAACUUACGAGGGCAUUCACACUCACCAGAGCUUUUCCUAAUACUCAAGUACUGAAGUUGCAUUGGCUCAUGGUUUCAGAUCCUCGGGCAUGCUUGAUAUUGAUGAACUUGUUAAAGAUAACGUAUUGCAUCGAUCUUGGUUUCACUUUGCUGCAAUCUUUAAGAGAGUUGGAAAGCUCAUGUACGACUUGCAAGAAUAUCAGACAACAGUCAGCUUUGCCAACUUCUUGACUAGCUAUAAUAUAGGACGUUGAGUGGUUUUUUGGUACUAAUUAAUCGGGAUCCCCUCUGUGCAAUAUUGUGUCAGAUACAAUUUCAGCUGUUCUUAAUUAUGUGCUAUGAGCAUGCGUUCUCGUUCUUAUAAAUUAAGUUUGAUAAUUGAUUAUUAAAUUA